AUGUUCAAUAAUGUCAUAGAAUCAUUUGAAUCUCUUUUAGGUAAUAAUAAUGGAGGGGUGGAUAUUUUAUUUACUUCUGACUCUAUUAAAGAAUGUCUUGUAGCUCAGAAUAUACUACCUAGUCUAAUAUAUAGGAAUUUAUACUAUUUAGACUGGGAUAAAUAUGACAAAAUACUAUUAAAACUAAAGAAAAUUGGGUCAAUUGCCAGUAUAAAUUUUGUAUAUCUAGAACCAAUAAUUUAUAUACUCAAAGAUAGAAUUUUGCGUAUUAUAGAAUAUAUGAAUAAGAGCCUAAUAACGAGAGAUAAUAUUAAAAUAAAUAUUAUUGUACCCUAUAAUUCGAAUAUUUUGGAAGAAUAUACUAAACUUGCUGGUAUAGAUUAUAUGGAUAUUUCUCCAAGUAUUAAUCUCGCAAAUUUUGAUUUUAAAAGUAUAACAAGGACUCUUAGGGAAAAAUAUGAUCGGUAUGACAUUAAUAUAGUAUGUAUAAAAUCUUUAUUUUUGUUUUUUUGUAAUAGUUCUAGUAUAUAUGAUAGCAAAAGAGCUAUUUUAGAUAAUAUAAACUUGAAUACAAGAGGUAAUGUGCAUUUAUUUUGUACAUGUAAAUCAGAUGGCCUAUUUCCAAUAUUAGAGGACGAUAUAGAUGAAAUAUACAAAUCAGCUGUGCUUCAGAGGCGUAAUAUGAAUAAAUUACCUUAUGAAAUGCCUAUAUUAUUUAGUCCUGAAAGCAUAAAGAAGAACUUAAAUCUUUUAGAGCUUGAGAAUUUACCAUUUUUUUUACGAGAUAGUUAUUCUAAGCAUAUUAUUCAAAUAAUGACAUUUAUUAUGCAGAUUUCUGGAAAUAAAAAUAGUAAUUAUACAGGAGAUGAUCUAAAUGAUUGGAUUAUUCCAGUUACAGAUAUUUUUUCGCUUGGGCCUUCUUCUAGAAUAGUUGCUACACACUUAGCAAAGAGUUGUAGAAGAAUUGCUAAAAAUAGAAACUUCCAACUUUCUAAUAUCAAACUAGAAUCAAAGGAUACCUUUGAUGAAAAGAUUACACUGGUUAUAAUGGACAGGACUAUGGAUUUUGUAUCCCCAAUAUUUUCUCCAGUUUCCAUCACAUCAACUCAAGAUUUAAAUGUGACUAAGUUCAAUGAAGAGAUUUUGGAGUAUUUAGAUAAAUCUACAACUUAUAAACCAGAUAAAUUAGAUAUAGACAUAAGUUCAGUAUAUCAAUGUGAAGAAUCAACUGAUCCAACAGUACUUUCUGUAUUGUUAGAUCCUGACAAACUUCAGAAGGAUCUUAUAUUAUCUGAUCAAUAUCCAGUAAUAUCUUUUCAAUUCAUUGCAAUAUUAAGGGAUUUUCUGAAUAAAAUAAAGAAUAACAAAGACCAAGAAAUAAGUUAUAAUAAUUACAUAACAAGAAUAUUAAUGUGCAUAUCUUCUCCAUUAUAUCAAUGUAAUCGAGAUGAAGUUCCAGGAUGGAUUAAGGUUUUAACCAGUAUAAAUCAAUCCAAUCUAAGCUUGAAAUUAUGGAAUCAAAUCUCAAAUGAUUAUAAAGAUGAAUCUAGUCGCUUUAUUAUUCUCAAAUAUAUCACAAAUAAUUUGGCAAAAGUAUUUGAUAUUGAAUUGCCAAUAGAAGUAAGUAUUAGGAAUUACGAGAAUCCUGAGAAUGACUUCAUUCAUAUUCUCGAGAUAUUAAUUUAUAUACUUGAGCAAUUGAGAUUUAAAUUAAUGCCACCAUCUGUGGUACUACCUUGGAUAUCAAAACCGAAUAAUGCAAUUAACAAUUAUGAUAUUGACUUAGAUACCAUGGUAUUUAUAUCUUCACUUCACAUAUUUUUAUUGCCAUUAAUAUUUAUGAAUUCAAAUCCAUACUUUGCAAUAUUUUCUAAACAUCUAAGACGUAAAUUUACUUGUACAGCCUUUGAAACUAUAAAUGCUAAUAAAGAUGGAGUGGAGUAUAUGAAAUCAGAUAUAAUGAAUAUAUUAACAAUGGCUAUAUCCUGUGCUUGCUAUGAAGGGCCUGACUGUAGAUUAUCAUCGUUUAAUAUUAAUAUUCCACAAAUUAAGGAAAUUUUGAAACUCCAACAACGUCUUCUAAGUAUUAGGUCAUGUCGUUCUAGUCUAAAACAUCGUUCAUUUAGAAACUUUUCAUAUGCUAAUUUAUUGGCAAAGUCUAAUCCCUACUCAAGUCUUAUAGCCCAAAUUAUUGCUAAUAUUAUGUCGGAAAAUUCUAAAUAUUUAGAUGAUUUAUAUUAUUUACAACUAUCCAAUACCAAUGCAAAAGAUAACCAUGACAAUUCAACGAUUAUAUUGAAUAUUAUUGGUGAUAUAUCACUUGCUGAAAUUCAUGAAAUCCAAAUUUUGCUAGAUAGUUACAAAAAAAAUAUAGCAUUCAAUUUUUACAUUAUUUGUGAUAACAUUACUUCUCCAUAUAGCUUAUCAAGAAGAGUACUCAAACCAAUAUCGAAGCUAAAUGAUGAGAUUUUAUGA